AAGUAGAUAUUUGACUGAUUUACUUUUGAAACAAAUAUUCUUUAUGAGCAUUAUGUAGACGACAUUUUAUACUUUAUCAUUAAUACAUUAACAAGAGCCUGCAAAGAUUGUACGAAAAGAUUGCUAAUGUCUGAAUCAUGAAAAGACAAGCACUUUCUUUAUUGUAUUUCAUUGUAGAGCAGUUAAUUCAGCAACAUCAACCUCUCAACCGUAACACGAAGGAGCGAAAUACAAUUUAAAAGUCCGAUUUUUCGCAUUUCUUCGUUGCUUAGAGCAAAUGAUGGCAGUCUGAUUUUAAAUUUAUAUAUAGUAGAAUUUUGGAAAACGUUUUCAUAAUUGAAUUUUAUGUACAUAUUUCAAUGAGCAUAUGUCUUCUCAAUUACCAGAAAGUGAGGACCUUCGUAUCGAUCAUAUACGAAAUGUUACUUUGCAACUUUUGGACAUCGAUCACAGUUUUUGGGUAGAUUUUAUUUGGAAAGAAGAAAACCAAGCUAUUAUUAAAGAUUUCUUAGAUUCUCCAACUACUGUGAUGCUUUUGGCAUUUUGUGAUCGAAAUGGAAAACUUAGAUUAUCUGUGGAAAUGCCAGAACGUCCACCAAUGCCUAAUAUACUGGCCUUUUUUCUCAAACACAAUGCAGUCAUUUCAGUGACGGAUUGUAAAGCCGAAAUCAGUUUUGGGAAUAUUUAUGAUAAACCACUGAAUCACUAUUAUGAAUGUUUUGAAAAGGUCAUUUGUCCUAUUUUCUGCAAUCCCUUAAAUAAUGAAAGAUGGCCCAAAGAAAUUGCAGAUGAUAUUGCUCUUCAUUUCCAAAAUUUCCAGAAGUCACUGACUUAUCAUAUUGGUCUUGCACAUGGAAAGACCAUUUUGAUGAUACCAGAAACUGCGAGACAAAUUGCAAAUAUGGAAAUAGAAAACAUUUCAUGUGAAAAUACUGACUGGAAGCAUAUCAAUUCCAUAACUGAAAUGCUAAAAGACUGGAUUCCUAUCAUCACUGAAAUUUUGGAACUCACCCCUGAACAUAUUCUUUCAAAAGUUGACCAAGGGCCACUGACUGAAAUUACAUUUUGGAAUGAUCGAAAAAAUAACUUGGAAUUCAUAUAUUUACAAGUGAAUGAUCCUAUUAUUCAAAAAAUGGUUUCAGUACUUGAAAAGACAAAUAAUCACCAUUUUCCAAAAUUUAAAAAAUUGCUUCAAGAUGUUGCUGAAGGAUUAGAUGAAGCUAGAGAAAUAUGUUCUAGUUUAUCAGAAAUAUCACCUCAGUUACAAGCAUUAGAAGCAUGUGACUUUGAUAAACUAAUAGAUGAAAUUCCUGCUUUUAUAAAAUCACCAUGGAUUCCAUGCAAGUAUUACAGAACUGUUCCAAGUAGAAUUUCUGUAUUGUUGAAGAAGAUUUGCAAUCUUAUAAUUGAAAAGAUUUUAGAAUUUUUAAAUCCUUUAAACUUAUUUAAAGAAGAUCGAAAACAAGCAGCAAGAAAUGUGAAGUUAUCAGUUGAUGUUAUUAAUACAUUUUUAAAGUCAUAUAGUAACAGCCAUGAAGUUGAAACUCAAUGUGAUGAAAUGUAUCCUUGGAAAUAUCCAGAUUCAAGAAUCUUUACAAGAUUUGAAGCAUUUGUGCAGAGACUGAAUGAAAUUAAUGAAAUAUUUGAAGCUGCUGACACAUAUUUUAGUAUUCCUAGUCACAAAAUUGUGAGCAUUCGUCAAGCAACAUAUAGAGUGAGAUUAGAAGACAUUUUUAACACAUUUUCAGAAUGUUAUAAAGUUUUUGAAGAAAGCUCUUACAAUCCUUUGGACCUUAAAUCUACAGCCUUUGUUGAAGAUUAUGGUGUGUUUUAUGGACUUUUACAAGAAUUGGAUCACAAAUUGGGUAUUCUAGUAGGUCAAGCAUGCAUAACUUGUGUUUCAACAGAAGAUGCUUUCAAGUUAAUGAAUGUGUUGAGUGAUCUAACAGAAAGACCUUUAGCAAAAGUAGAGUUCAAGAAGUUGAUUUCUUCAUUAACAAGUUCUGUUUAUGUGGAAGUUCUGAGUGCAAAGGAAAAUUAUGAUAAACUGAUGAUUCUUAUGGAAGGGCCUGCUAAAGGAAUAACAUACAAAAAUCUGCCUAUUAUUUGUGGAGCAAUACAGUGGUCUGAAGAUUUACAAAAUAAAUUAUUCUCUCCUAUUGAAUCUUUCCAGAAAAUUGAAGAUUUUUUUAAAAAGUCAGAUGAUGUUGAAGUUAUUCUGAAAACCUACCAAGAUAUAAAAGCUCUGCUAACUAAAUUUCAGACUGAUAUUAUUGAUAAAUGGAAAGAAGUACUAUCUUCUGUUGAAGAAAAACUAGACUGCCCUUUACUUCUCACUGAUGACAAAAAUUGUGUACUUCUAAAUUUUAAUCCACAAAUAGCUGAUAUUGUUCAAGAGAUUAGAUAUAUCAAACAAACGGGAAAAAAUAAUUUGUUACCAAAUGAAGCUUUAAUAUUUGAUGAGAAGUCUGAAAACUUGCUUUUGACAAGAUCCUUGCUUGCCUGCAGUGUACGAUGGUUCAAUGAUUUAACUCUAAAUUUGUCUGACUAUGAAAAAAAUUUGAUUUCUGAACAGUGGCAAGAAAUAAAAAGUUUGCUGGAGAAAGGUUAUUCAGAAAAGUGGACAAAUAAUGAUUCUCAAGAUUAUGCCAAAAAGCUAUAUGCAGUUACAAAAACUAUUUUUGAUAGCGUGAAACAAGCAAAAGAAAAUGUUAAAAAUGUUCAAGAAUUUAUCCAAACCUGGAGCAAAAUACCCAUUUAUGUUCGUGAAACUCCUACUUCUUUGGCCGAUUUUGCAUUUUACACAACACCAAGAUUAAGGCAGCAAAUAAAUUUUGUUAUUCAGACAGCAGAGAUUAUGGACAGAGUAUUAGAUGACUCAGCCAAUCCGAUGUCACCGCCUGCUCACGUGAUCAUGGUCAUUUUCCCUUCUAAACUUUCGACAGUUCGUCUUGGACUCAGGUAUCAGUUUAUCUCCACACCCACAGCGGAACACACUUGA